AUGACCUCAUCAGUAAUGGAAGAUGUUGUAAUUGUAGGUGGAGGACCAGCAGGAUUAUCUGUAUUGGCAGCUCUUAAGAAUUCACCAAAAACAAGACAUUUAAAAUGUACAUUAGUAGAAGCAUCUGAUUUAACUAAUGUAAGAGACUUUUAUGAUAAUCCUGGAGAAAAUUAUACCAAUAGAGUUGUAUCUGUAACUCCUAAAUCUGUAGAAUUUAUGAAAUCAAGAAUUGGAAAUUGGGAUUAUAUGAAAGAGGAUAGAGUAAAAUUUUAUGACAGAAUUGUAGCUUAUGAUUCUCAAGAUAAUGAUAAUGCUAGAAUAGAUUUUGACGCGGGAUCUACUGAAUCUGGAGUUCUUGCUGCUAUGAUUGAAAAUAUUAAUAUACAGAGUUCUUUAUUAAAAAAGAUUGAAGAAAUAAAUGAUACAGAAGGAACUACUGUACUUGAUAAAACUAAAGUAGAAGAUAUUAUUAGUCCUAUACAACAAUCCCUUGAAGAUCAUGAUUUAAAUGAAAUAGAUCCAAAUGCUGGUAAUGCUGAUCUUGAUUGGCCUAUAGUAAAACUUUCAAAUGGAGAUAUUAUUCAAACCCGUUUAUUAAUUGGUGCUGAUGGAUACAAUUCUCCAGUUCGUAAAUUUGCUAGAAUUGAAUCAAGAGGUUGGCAAUAUAAUCGAUUUGGAGUUGUUGGAACUCUUAAGAUGGAAUAUGAAGAUUAUCGUUCAGUAGGUUGGCAAAGAUUUUUAACUACAGGUCCAUUGGCAAUUUUACCUUUAACUGAAGAUAAUGCUACUAUGGUUUGGUCAAGUACUCCAAAACUUUCAGAAAUAUUAUUGAAAACUAAUAAAGAAAUCUUUCCUCAUUUAGUUAAUGCAGCAACUGUAUUAGAUGAAGCAGAUUUAAAUUAUAUUUAUAAAUUAUUAGAUUAUAAUCCUGAUGAUAUGGCAGUAAUAGAUGAAAUUAAAUGGAGAUUAGAAAAAUUUGAUCAACAAAAUUUAGAAGAAAAUUAUCCUUUAAAAGUUGUUGAAGUACUUGAUGGAUCAAGAGCUAGAUUUCCUCUUAAAUUGUCUCAUGCUGAUACCUAUAUUGCUCCAAGAAUAGCAUUAAUUGGUGAUGCUGCUCAUACUAUUCAUCCAUUAGCUGGUCAAGGUCUUAAUAUGGGACAAUCAGAUGUUGCAGCUUUAAUGACUGCAUUAGAAUCAGGUAUUGAUAGAGGUAUGGAUAUUGGAUCUACAUUAGUUUUAGAUAGUUAUGUUGCCAAUUCUUGGCCUUCAAACCAUAUGUUAUUAGGUAUUUGUGAUAAAUUACAUAAAGUAUUUGCCACUGAUUAUUAUCCUGUGGUUGCCCUUAGAGGUUUAGGAUUAAAAUCACUUAAUGUUCUUGAAUCUUUUAAAGAUAUUAUGGUUAAAAUAAUUAGUGCUAGAUAA